UCAGAAUAUCACUACAAAAGCAUAAUUUUUUAACAUGUUAUGUUGUGAUAGUGAGUUUGGGCUGGUGGUCAGCCGGGUGCUCAUGGCAACGCGCAUGCGCAGAGACUCACUUCCCAGUCUAAACUCCACACUGGACCGCAGCCUUCAGUCAUUUCACAGUUAAGCUAAAUAAACAACAGAAAUGGCUGCUGAGCCGGAUCCAAGAAGCAUUUCGUUGCCUGUUUUUGGGAUAGUAAUAGCAGUAGUAUCAAGCUUCAUCAAUGGGUCGACAUUUGUGCUCCAAAAAAAGGGAAUUUUACGCUCUCGCGACAGAGGACGGUCGUACCUCACAGACGCGGUGUGGUGGGGAGGCACACUGUCCAUGAUUGUUGGUCAAAUUGGGAAUUUCCUGGCGUACAAUGUGGCCCCCGCUGUGAUAGUUACUCCACUGGGAGCCCUUGGAGUGUUAUUUGGGGCUGUGCUGGCUUCGUGGAUCUUGAAGGAGCAUUUAAACGUCCUGGGAAAACUCGGCUGUGUGUUAUGUUGCUGCGGCUCCGUCGUGCUCAUCAUUCAUGCCCCUAAAGCCGAGGCCGUAACGUCAAGACUGGAGUUAGAGGAGAGGCUGUCGGACCCGGUGUUUGUAGUGUACGCCCUCUUGGUGGUCCUGCUGCUGGUCAUACUGAUCGUGUGGGUUGCUCCGGCUCAUGGCACAUCGAACAUCAUGGUGUACGUCGCUAUAUGUUCCCUCCUCGGAAGCUUCACCGUUCCAAGCAGCAAAGGACUCGGUCUCGCUGCACAAGACGUCUUUGGAGACGGACAGUCGAGCAGCCGAGCUCUGGCUGUCUUUCUGGGCUUGCUGGGGACGCUGGCCGUCAGCAUCCUGAUCCAGUUCUUCUUCAUCAAUAAGGCCUUGGAGUGUUUCAGCUCCAACGUGUUUGAGGCCAUAUACUAUGUGACGUUCACAUCCUCCGUGAUUCUGGCUUCUGCGCUUCUCUUCAAGGAGUGGACUGCGCUGACGAUGACGGACAGCCUCGCCAUGCUUUGUGGUCUGACGACAGUGUGUGUCGGGGUCGUUUUACUCCGAAUUUCCCAAGAGGCCUUGAUUACCUGGAAGAAGAAGACAGACUGAAAUGCCUUUACCUUUACGUGACCUCAGUGCCAUACUGCAUUCCUUAUAGCACAAAGUCUAUACUUGAUUUGAGUGUUACUUGAGUUUAAAUGACUAAACAGUGUAUUUAUAACUACUUUCAUUCAACAUUUUACUUGAAUCGCCUCACGGGUUCUUAUGGAACAGUCUGCAGUUACUGUGUAACCCACAAAUAUGUUUCAACAGUUUCAUUAACACUCAUGAACUUGCAAACCAUUAUCGUUCCCACGUUGUCAAAUACCAACACUUUCUCACAGCCGUCGGCGGCUGGUAUUAACACGUAAAGACACCCUCUAAACCCAAACGCAGUAAUAUUAGAAGCUCAGAACGCCUGAUGUAGUUCUUAGUUUUUAGUCUUAUUACUUGUGCUGAGCCCCAGAGAGCAAAACUACGUUGCAGCACCCAACAGUGAAAACUCCCAUCGAAUCGCAGCACAAAUCCAUCAUUUUUCCAUCUCUUUUAAGGCAUUAAUAAUUGGAUAACCUCUCCGAAGCAGAUAAAAAAGAUAAGUGAAGAAACUACAAGUUUUGGGCGCUUAUGAUACGAGGUCGACAGAUAAUCGGCCCGGACGAUUACUGGGACCAAUGUAUUUUGCCGAUCAUCUGUUUCUUUCUUUUAUUAUAAGGAUUGCUGAUAAAAAUGAAUUCAUUAAAAAGAGCAAAGAAA